GGUCACACUAAAACAGCUGUUCUGCUAGUGUUGGAAAACAUCACUUUGCUGAAACACAUUUUGGUUGAAUUCAACAUUUUGUUUAAAUUCUCUUAACAAAAAUCGUGGUUUUCGAUCGAGAUAGUCUGCAAAAAGUCUUUAAGAUGGCCCGAACCGAGUUGGAGAAAAAGGCCAAGCGCCAGGGAAAGAAACGCAAGCACGAGGCGGCCAGAGACGCUGGUCAUGCGUCCAGCGACGACGAAGUGGCCAUCAAGUCGUUGGUCCUGGAGCCACAGGGAGAACAACCUGCAACUGACAAAGAUAAGGCACCCAAAAGGCGGCAGCAGGAGGAAGACACUCAGAUAAAAAAGAAACGCAGCAAGAAAUCCACUUCAGAGGAGCAGGUGGCCACCAACGGAGGCGAGAAAUCUUCCAAACAAAAGUCCCACAAGCGCAAGCAAGCCCAGGGUGAGACUCCAGCCAUCCUGGAGAAGCGCAGCAAGCAGCAGACAAAUUCGGACGAUGACGACAACGAGGAGGAUACCCAACCGACUGAAGAGCAACUCCGUGAAGCUGCUCUACCGGAGAAUACCAAUGCUGUGGUCACUGUGCGCCAAAAGAAGAAGCUGAAGCACCAGCAGCGCCUGGAAGCCCAACGAGGUCAGAAUUCAAACAAGGAGGCCAAAGCUAACAAGGAAUACCUCUUGAAAUGGAAAGAGUCCCGCGACGAAUGGAAAUUCAUCAAGCUUCGCCAGAUCUCCAUCCAGCAGACGGCCUUUGAUGGGGACAAACUUGAUGCGGAGCUGUGGCCAAUAGCUCUCGAAUAUUUGGCCAGCUCCCAGGGAGCAGCGCGCGCCAAGAUCAGUAAACUGGCCGAGGAGGUGAUUCAGCAACUGGAUAAUGAGGGGGAGAAGCUGGAGGACGAGGCGGAGCGGCAGAAGCUAAUCGAAUCCACGCGGUACCAGCGGGCGCGCGAUCUGCUCCAAAACUUCGACUAGAGUUACCUGUUAAUGUUAAGGUUUUUCCUAGAAUAUAAAAGAAAUCGUUACCCAUUUUAUUUUCACAUGCAAACAACGAAAAGUUGUUUAAUAUUAAGAGUGAAGUUCAAUAAAAAAAAUGUUAAUUUUACCAUGUCACAACAAAUGAAA